AUGGGGCUCGCGCUCGCCCAUUCGCUGGGCCUGCCAACACGGUACGAAGUGCCAUUUGGCCUCGCGCUCGCCGCCUUGGUGGCGUCGCACGUCCGCUAUGGCAUCAUUGUGCUGUACUGGACGAUGUUCUCGUCUGCGGCGCUCUGCGUAGUCACGUCGUCUUGGCCCGCCGUUGCUUUGCCGCCAACUCUGCUCCUCGACGGUAUUGCUCUCGUGGUCGGUGCCGGCGUGACUGUCUGGAGCGAGGUCCAUCUCGACCGAAAUGACAAGCGCAUCGAUAACGCUGUGGCCAUCCCUCUCGCGACUGCUCUCAUCGUGAUGAGCCUUGACGCGUGCGUCGGGCUCUUCUCGUGGGCGGUUCAGUGCAUCGCUGGCUUUUGCUUGGGCGCGGUGUUUCUCUCGCAUAUGCUGCUGGAGUGGGAAGAUCGCAAGCGUCACGCAACGACGGCAUGCAGCAGUACGGCGCAGGUCUCGACCAAGGCGGACCAGACAAAUGAGACAGAGAGGGCAGAUACGACAGACGUAGCCGACGAGCGACCCAAGGCAGACUAGAAAUACUAGUACCAGGCUAUUUCCUUGCAUACAUACGUUCCUUUUCCACA